AUGCCAGGUGAGACUAUUACAAUACAGGCAGGUCAAUGCGGGAACCAAGUUGGGCUACAAUACUGGCAACAAUUGGCUCUGGAACACGGAAUAAAUCGAGAUGGAACUCCCACACCUUAUCCUCAAGACCAAUCACUAAAUGCUACUGAUUCAUCCCCACAACCUUCCCUGCAAGGAUCGGCACUGCCCCAAGAGUCCAAACGACUACAUCGAGAUGAUCAUCCUGAGUUGUUUUUCACAUUAUCGGACUCAAAUACAUACACUCCCCGUUCAAUACUCAUUGAUCUCGAGCCAUCAGUUGUUACCAAAGCAUUAAACACAUUGCCUAUGCUCAACCCACGGAAUAUUCAUGUCAGCGAACUGGGUAAUGGAGCGGCCAAUAACUGGUCGAAUGGCUACAAAUAUGGGUCGGAGCACAUUGAGAGCAUAUUGAAUAUAAUGGACAGGGAAGUUGAUAAAUGCGACAAUUUGUCCCAGUUUCAAUUGUUUCACAGUGUAGCUGGUGGUACAGGACUGGGAUGUGGGUCAAAGAUAUUGGAAAUUUUGCAGGAUAGAUAUACAAGUAAGAAAAUCAUAACCACCAACUCGAUAUUCCCAUCGAAUGAAAAGACGAGUGAUGUUGUUGUCCAGCCUUACAAUAGUUUAUUGACAUUGAAGCGAUUGAUCGAGUUUAGUAAUGCGACAUUUGUGUUUCACAAUGACGCAUUGAAUAACAUUGAGAAUGCAGUUUUUAACCAAGGAGGAUUGGAAGAGCGUAACAUAGGCUUGCCAAGUUCGUUUCAAGUCACAAAUAAACUUAUUGCCUUUGUGAGUGCGUCAGUGAGUAACCCCUUACGGUUCCCUGGCUAUAUGUACAGCUCAAUUGAGUCAAUUGUCUCGAGCUUGGUUCCAACUCCCGACUUGAAAUUUCUUACAACUUCCGUAGCGCCCUUUAGCACUCAGUCACAUCACAACUACAUAAAUGAGUACGACAUGUUUUUGGAAUUAUCGGAUGACAGAUACAAAACCAAUAAGUGCAUCACUCCAACGUCGUCUAACUCAGCAUCUGAAAUAGCCUAUAUCAGUUUAAUCAACUAUUUGAUCAGUACAUCUAACCUAGAUCGAAAGGAAAUACGAAAGGGAAUUUUAAAAGUUCAAGCACGUACUAAUUUUGUUCCCUGGACUUCGAGGUCAGUAGGAGUAGUACACGGUAAGAAAUCACCAUAUGCGAGUGGCAGCAAUCUCGAAGGAAUACAGAUUUCCAAUAACACCUCCAUAAUCGAUGUGUUUAACAAGAUACUUAGACAGUAUGAUUUAUUGGUGAAAAGAAAGGCGUACUUGAACACGUAUACCGAAGACAACUCUGCCGAGGAGAUGGGCCGCGUGGUUGACAUGUUUAGCGAGUGUAAGGAGUCAGUUGUGAGAGUGAUUGACGAGUACAGUGCAUGCAAGAGCAUCAACUACUUAGAGGAUGACGAUAUAGAAAUGGAUAUCUAA